AGGUAUGCAGAAAGAAAUCUCUCUCCUCAUAUAAUAUUGAUAGUAGCAGAAAUUAGGGGGUGGAAGGGAUCGUAUAGAAAAAAAUAAUAUUGUCCCUCUUUUCACUAAUAUAAUUACCUGAAGCAGCAUUUGAGGGGUUAAAGAGGCAGGGGAAUGGAAAUGAAAGCGUGCCCCCAGCUACCUCCUGGGGGUUGUAUUGUACUUUCCAGUCCUUCCUAAUAAGCAUUUCAGUGUCAGUCCUCCUGCCCAAUGCUCUGGAUGGAGAGGGUGAUGUGCUGCUGGUCUGUCUGUGUCUCUGAAAGGUGCUGAGCAUUGCUGUGUGUGUCACUGUAUGAGAUUGUGCUGCUGCUGAUCGUUGCUAUGCUGCUGUGUGUCACAGUCAUUGCAGGGUAGUAAGCAGUGCUGCUGCUGCUUACCCUGUAUUCCCAUUCCCCCCUCUCCAUGGUGCUUAACAGCACUCAGCGCUGGAUCUCAUACUGCAGGCUGAACUCCUUGCUGCACAUCUUCCUGAUCAGAGAACACUGGCACUCUGUCCCUGGUGCUGAAUGAAGGGCAGGUGCUGCCUUGUCUGCUGUGUUGAAGUGCUUAUGGAGCUGGCAUGGUCAAGGAUGCUGAAGGCUGCACACUACAGAUCUUCCCAAGCUCCUGUUUGUCUAUGGCAAUGAUUCCUCCCUCCUCUGCGCUGAUAUGACAGUGAAAACAGUUUCUAACACUGCCCAUUGUAUUUUCAUGCUGCUGGCUGAGCAGAAGACUCUUCAAACCACCUCUUUUGAGAGGAUUUAUCCAAAAAGUUAUGCCUUUUUCUUCAUGUCUCCUCCUGAGCCACCUUUCUGCAUGUAAGAAGCUGCUAAAGCAACAUCUUUUUGUGAAAAGUGUACCAAGCUAUGUGUGUACUUCUUUGCUAUUACUGCUUUUGCUCUUGAAAUCUUAACACGCGAGCAUACACACGUACACCUCUAUACACAUACCUUCGCAACAAGCACCAUCUGCCAAAUAUUCUGGGAUAUACUGCAAGUGCAAGUCUGACUUCACCAUGAACCUACUGCUCAAGUGUGGAUUCAUUUUGGUGUGUUCGUGGUUUUUGGGCUCCAGUUAAGCCUGAUGAGGUUUGGUUGGAAAUCCUGGUAAAUGGUUUGGUGACUACAUAGAAUUUUGCUGUGUACUAUGGCAGGGAAGCUGGAAGGAAAAUCUACUUUUUCUACCUAAAAAUGGGUCCUUCUGGCACUUAGGAUGGGCUAAACUACAGACUUAACCUCUGGUGUAAAGUUGAUCUGUUUAACCUCAAAAGAUGAAACCCCAAUAGCCCACAUGGCUGCAGUUGGCUACAGUUCCUAGAGGAGUGGCGCACAGUGAGCGUGACUGUAGGGGAUGGCUCUUCAUAUAUCGGCAGCCUCCAUGAUUCUCUUGGCGAUCACGGCUUCAGCAUCCUCCGCUUCCAUCAAUCAGGAAGACUACCCUGCAGAUGAAGGAGAACAAGCCUCCAGCAAUGACAACUUGAUAUUUGAUGACUACAGGGGCAAAGGCUGUGUGGAUGACAGUGGCUUUGUGUACAAACUAGGGGAGAGAUUUUUCCCGGGCCAUUCUAACUGUCCUUGUAUUUGCACUGUAGAUGGGCCUGUUUGUGAUCAGCCAGAAUGCCCCAAAAUUCAUCCAAAAUGUACUAAAGUGGAAAACAAUGGAUGCUGUCCGGAAUGUAAGGAAGUGAAACAUUUUUGUGAAUAUCAUGGGAAAAAUUACAAAAUUCUGGAAGAAUUUAAGCCUUCUCCAUGUGAAUGGUGCAGGUGUGAACCAAGCAAUGAAGUCCACUGUGUGGUCGCAGACUGUGCCGUGCCGGAGUGCGUGAACCCUGUGUAUGAACCUGAACAGUGCUGCCCAGUUUGCAAGAAUGGUCCAAACUGCUUUGCGGGCACUACUAUCAUCCCAGCGGGCAUAGAAGUGAAAGUGGAUGAGUGUAACAUUUGCCAUUGCCACAAUGGAGACUGGUGGAAGCCGGCACAGUGCUCGAAGAGAGAAUGCCAUGGAAAGCAAACCCUAUAGACUCUACCGAACGAAUGGGUGGUGUGAGAACUAUGUCUACAAUUCAACCAUUGCCAAGUGAAAAGCUUUAAAGGGAUAAUACCUAAAGCUUUGUGGAUUUGUGUAGCAGUUAGGAUGCAGAAUGACACAGGAGGAACCCUUUUUAUGCAAGCAUCACACUAUCCUGGGAUUGCUGUGCACACAGAAGAGAACUUAAAAUUCAGAGCUCUGCAUCAAUUAUGUUCAUCUUUGCGACUGUUUCAGUUUUCUGAGAAGGUUUGACCAAAUGGAACGCUGGUUACACAGUGACACUGUGAAGGAAGCUUUGGUACCAUUCCAUUGAAUCUCGAGUUUACCUGACAAUCUUAUGUCUCCAUUGAGACUACAUUCAUGCCCUGUUAUUAGAUGUUGAUUUUGGUUGCCAUGGAGUUGUGUGUGUUUAGCCCAGCAUCAUCAACAAGACAAAAAAAAUGAAUAAAGGAAACGAGCAAUAGUUUUCAGGUUAUAAUAUGAUAGGUUAAUAUUAAUCCACAACACUGCUGCUAUAAAAGACCCAUUUACUGCCAAAGAAAGCCUAAAAUCAAUGCAUUUUAGGGACCUCUGGCAGCAAAACAAACGGGUUAAUUAUUUUUCUCUGAUCUCUGAUGCACAAUGUGUAAAAUAUUGAACAGAAAGAUAUGUGCACAAUCUUACAAAAUUAUUUCUCUUUGAGACAUUUGCCCUCUUCAGAACGAAAGUCGACCAAAAAAGAAAAUGAAAUCAAUGAGCACCAAAUGAGAGAGCAGUGGGUUGCAUCACUGACUACUCCACUACCAGCAACUUUAAACAUGUCAGUCCUAAAAGGCCAGUGUGAAGCCAUUUUGUUCUGAUAUUUUUCAGAAUGUCACUUAUCAAAGGAUGGAGUUAAGUAAAACAGCCUGGCUGAAAUGUUACAUUAAAAAAAAGAGAGAGAUUUUUCAAAUAUAGCAGCAGUUAACGAAAGGCAACCUCUGGCACUCUGGCUCUAGUGGACUAUAACUCCUAAUAUCCACAGCCAGUACACGAUGAUAGUGAACUGGAGAUCCAGAGGUUUCCUAACCUGGCAACAGUUUUGUUAUGUAUGUGUCACAGAAUUGCUGCUCAUGCCUCAUACAGUUCCAGAAUGUGCCAAAUCAAAUGUUGCAGCUGGAUCUUAGCAUAGAUAUUAUCUCAAUAUGUUUUUUCUUUUGUGUAUACUUUUUUGUCAGUUUAUUUUUAUGCUUCCUUCUCCAGCAGUGAAGGGUUAAAUGUAACAGGAUCCAUACAUGUCCAUCAGCUACUAAGUGUCAAAAUGCUGAAAGAAAAAAAAAGAAAAAAAAAAAAGAGUGUGCCUGAAAACUUGUGGGAAGCUAUCUCGUGUGCACCGAGAUAUAUAUAUUGUGUGCACUUCUACACAAUAAUAAUAUUUGA